CUUAAACAGUCAGAUAAAGUUGUUGUAUGAGUCUUUACUAAGCACGAUAAUUAUUUUCAAGUACUUCUUUUUUGCUAGAAUUAUAAAAAUUUUUAAAUUCUUUAUAAAAGACAAUGGAACAAAAUAAAUACUGUACAUAUGAUCCAGUCAAAAAAGUUUGGAGUGGACGUAAAUUCACACCAAUUUACAACACGGAAGCUAAUCUUGGCUACUUGAUCUUACAAAGACUGAUUCAAUCACCACAAAAUGUCUUUCAAGUCUCUGAUGAUUCAGGCAUUAAACUGACUAAUUUGGACAUUUACAAAAGGUCCAUAAAGUUUCUAAACUUUCUUUCAAAAUCAGGACUCAAACAAGGCGACGUUCUUGGAUUAAAUGCAUCGAAUUCUGAACAUUUGGCACCAAUAAUCUUCAGUUGCUUUGUUUUGGGCGUCGCAGUCAAUCCAUUAGCAGUUGUGAUGGACAUUGAUGAUAUCUGCAGCAUGUGGUCAAAGACGAGGCCAAAAAUUAUUUUCUGUGAUGGAAAAAUUGUGAAAAAAGUGAAAAUUGCUAAUGAAAAAAUGGAAUUGCAUGCAAAAAUCUUCACAGUUGUUGAGAAAGUUGAAGGAUUUAUCAGCGCUGAUGAGAUUUUGGAAGCUGAGGAUGACAUAUUUGAGGAUUUUGAAUUUCCAGACUUACCCAACAUUUCAUCCACUAUUGCAUUAAUAAUUUGCUCAUCUGGUACAACGAAUGCAGCAAAAGGAAUCUGCAAAUCUCACAAACAAGUCAUAACUCAAUUUAUUCCAUUUGUUGAAACUAACUUUGUGAACCAAGAUGUCAACAUCAUCAGCAUGUCUUCAUACUGGGUUAGUUUUCACUGGUUUUUGAUAUCAUCUGCCUUGUAUAAUUUCAAAAUUAUAAUCACAACAAAACCUAUAACACCUAUCAACUGGAUGGAUAUAAUUGAACGUCAUCAAGUCACAGUUGCAGUUUGUGCACCAAGAUUUGGUCAAGUGCUACUAAAAUCAAGCAACUUGAGAAAAUUAUUUGGCUUACGUGCAGUUAUUGUUGCUGGUUCAUCGUUUUCUGAAAAGUUUAUUAAUGACUUGAUGCCAAUUUUUCCAAAUGCAGUUGUACAGUGUGGAUAUGGAUGUACGGAAUGUGAUUGCAUCUCGAGUACUAGAAAAGUUGGUCCAAAAGGUUCAAGCUCUGGAUAUCCAUUUGAUAAUGUUAACAUUAAGAUCGUUGACGAGUUUGGACAGCCUUUGGGACCAAAUGAAGUCGGUGAGAUGCACUUCAAGACGCUAGUUCCAUUCUCAAACUAUUAUAGUGAUUCAGAAACUUAUGAAAAUUCAUUUGGCACUGAAGGAUUUAUCAAAUCAGGUGACAUCGGUUAUGUUGAUGAUGAAGGUCACUUAUUCAUACUAGAUCGAAUUAAGCACAUGAUAAAAUCCAAGAGUAGCAUCAAAGUAACUCCAAUUGAAUUAGAAGAAGUGAUUAAUGAAAUUGAUGGAGUCAUGCAGAGUUGUGUUGUUGGAGUUUUUGAUAAUGAAGAAUUUUAUGACAUAAUUUAUGCAUUUGUAAUCAAAGAUAAAGCAAAUAUUGAACUGACAGAGGAAUUUGUGAUGAAUUUUGUGAAUUCAAGAGUUACCGAAGCAAAAAGAAUUACUGGUGGAAUUUAUUUUGUUGAAGCAUUUCCGAUGACACCAUCUGGAAAAGUAUUGAACAGAAAACUGAAGGAAUUGGCUAUGGAAAUUCAUGCUAAAAAAUUGUUAAAUUAAAUAAAGUUGAAUAAAUUAAUUUCUAAUGACACAACAUGUAAAAAAUUAC